UGGCUUUUACCCUGGAAGAAAGACAACUAUUGAAUAUUCAUGGAUUAUUGCCACCUGGCUUCAUCAAUCAGGAUAUCCAAGUUCUUAGAAUAAUUAAAAAUUGUGAGCGUCUGAACUCUGACUUUGACAGGUAUCUUCUCUUAAUGGAUCUUCAAGAUAGAAAUGAAAAGCUCUUUUAUCGAGUGCUUAUGUCUGACAUUGAGAAGUUCAUGCCUAUUGUUUAUACUCCUACUGUGGGUCUGGCUUGCCAGCAAUAUAGUUUAGUUUUUCGGAAACCAGGAGGUCUUUUUAUUAGUAUCCAUGAUCGAGGGCAUAUUGCUUCAAUUCUUGAUGCAUGGCCAGAAGAUGUCAUCAAGGCUAUUGUGGUGACCGAUGGAGAGCGUAUUCUUGGCUUGGGAGACCUUGGUAGUAAUGGAAUGGGCAUCCCUGUGGGUAAAUUGGCUCUGUAUACAGCUUGUGGAGGGAUGAAUCCUCGUGAAUGUCUGCCCAUCACUCUGGACGUGGGAACAGAAAAUGAGGAGUUACUUAAAGAUCCGCUGUACAUUGGACUCCGGCAGAGAAGAGUGAGAGGUCCUGAAUAUGAUGCUUUUUUGGAUGAAUUCAUGGUGGCAGUUUCUUCCAAGUAUGGCAUGGAUUGCCUUAUUCAAUUUGAAGAUUUUGGCAAUGUAAAUGCAUUUCGUCUCCUGAACAAAUAUCGAAACCAGUAUUGCACAUUCAACGAUGAUAUUCAAGGAACAGCAUCUGUUGCAGUCGCAGGUAUCCUUGCAGCUCUUCGAAUAACCAAGAACAAACUGUCUGAUCAAACAAUACUAUUCCAAGGAGCUGGAGAGGCUGCCUUAGGGAUUGCAAACCUGAUUGUAAUGGCCAUGGAGAAAGAAGGUUUACCAAAGGAGAAAGCCAUAAAAAAGAUAUGGAUGGUUGACUCUAAAGGAUUGAUAGUUAAGGGGCGUGCUGCCUUAACAAAAGAAAAAGAGGAAUUUGCUCAUGAACAUGAAGAAAUGAAAAACCUAGCAGACAUUGUUCAAGAAAUAAAACCAACUGCUCUCAUAGGAGCUGCCGCAAUUAGUGGGGCAUUCUCGGAACAAAUCCUCAAAGACAUGGCUGCCUUCAAUGAACGGCCUAUUAUUUUUGCUUUGAGUAAUCCAACCAGCAAAGCAGAAUGUACUGCAGAGCAGUGUUAUAAAGCAACCCAGGGGCGUGCGAUUUUUGCCAGUGGCAGUCCUUUUGAUCCAGUCACUCUUCCAGAUGGUCGGACCCUGUAUCCUGGCCAAGGCAACAACUCCUAUGUGUUUCCUGGAGUUGCCCUUGGUGUUGUGGCGUGUGGAUUGAGGCAUAUCACAGACAAGGUUUUUCUCACUACUGCUGAGGUUAUAGCUCAGGAAGUGUCAGAUAAGCACUUGGCAGAGGGCCGCCUGUAUCCUCCUUUGAACACCAUUAGAGAUAUUUCUCUGAAAAUUGCAGUAAAGAUUGUGAAAGAUGCAUACCAAGAAAAGACAGCCACAAUUUAUCCUGAACCCCCAAACAAGGAAGCGUUUGUCUGCUCUCAGAUGUAUAGCACUGAUUAUGACCAGAUUCUACCUGAGGAGGCCCAGAAAAUACAGACCAAAUCUGACCAGUAACAUAAUAACUAACAUUUCUAAUUCCAUUAAUGAGAUCUGAAAUCUUUCAUAAUUUUUAAAGAUUAGAAUCUUUUAUAAUGAUUUAAAAUAUGCUAGAUUAAGAUAAUUUUACUUUAACAAUCUAAAAAUUUAUGGGAAAAUAUUAAUAUACUUUAGGGCACAUAUCAUACUAGAUAAUUUUGCUUCAUUUACUUUCUGGUUAUUUAUGAUUUCUAUCUUAUUUUGCCCAAGUUCUCUUUAAAAGCUAUUGUACCUACUACUGAGAAACUCAUUGUUUUUAUAUAGGGAACUAAUGGGAAGACCAAAAUUAGUAAUAAAUUGACAUGAUUAAAAUUAAAACCCAUCAUUCUUUGGUUGACCAUUUUGUUAAAAAUCUUUUUUUAUAUAUAGACAGAAAUAUAUUUAGGCAUAAAUGAACUUUUGCUAAAAACAGAAAUAACACGUUGUUGCCUAGAGAAAUAUAACUUCUCAGGUAUUUUUAUUCCAAUUCCAGACCAUACUUGUUCUUUUGGUGCAACUGAAUUCUAACAUUUCUAAGAAAGAUUAUUGCUGUUUACAAUGCGUUGGGCAGCCUUAGAUUUUAAUAUUCUUUCUCCAUUGUUACAUCUUCUUAUCAUCUUGGCCUCCAUCACCUAUCCCUUCUAAUAGCAUCUUUCUUUCCCCUGACUAAGUACCCUAUCCUUCAGCUCCACUUUACUGCUGCUGGGCCUUUGAGGACUAUGGCUCCUGUCCUGAGGUAGGUACCUUCAGUUCAGCACAGGCUGAGCAGUGGGAAGAGCAGAGGGGAGAGUAGGUCAGCUCCUUGAGAAAAGGCUGUCUGUGGCGUCAACCUCUUAAGACAAGGAUCUGCAGAGUCAGGAGCGAGAGCCCAGUUCCUAGACAAGCUGGGUUCCCACUUGAGUGACCUGCUCUAAUGUUCCUUUGAUUCGUUCAGAUAAUCAAGAGCUCCUUUUGUGGUUACAGUAAACACAAUUUCCUCUGAAUUUGGAGAAAAUUUUGUAACCACUUCCCCAAUAGCAGAAAUCUUUACAUUAGAUAUUAAAAUAUUCUAAUUACCAUUAGUAGUUACAGCCAAGAAAUUCAUGUUCAUUUCAAGCUUUACUUUAGAAACUAAUCACUGAACUUCUGGAGACAAUUUUAAAUUCAUAAGCUCAGGUACAAUAACAUUUGCUAUUUACUUGUAGAAUUUUUCAGAGAAUUUUCUGGUUUUUGAAGUAAUGCUUUUAAAGAAUAUAAAAUGAUGUUCAAGGUUAACUAUACUAUAAAUGAUUUUAUUGUAAGUGGAAGGUUACAAAUUGUUUUAAGUGGGAGAAGAGGUGGGGGUAUUUCUGAAGGUAAGAUUUAGUCAAGAAUUUCCUCAAUAUAGUUAUUUUGAUAAGAUCCAGAAUGCCUCUUUUUUGUCUGUUUCGAUGUUGUCUUAUAGCUCUAACUAAAUGUACUUACCUAUGCAAAAGAUUUAUUAAAGCAUAGAAAAAGUGAAUGAAGAAAAGUGUAAAAUAAUUGU